CACAUUCCUGACACAGCGGCUGUCCCCAGGUUUUAAGGCAGAGACACAGGCACAGAGCGGGCAGCGCCGUCGGAGGGAGGGGGUCCUCGGGCAGGCCCCGACCACGCCCACCGUGCCCGGGUCUGGCCUCUGGGGUGAGGCCCCUGGCGGGGACUAUAAAGUCCCCGAGAAGCAAGCGACAGCCAGCUUUGGGCUUUGGUUGCUAUUUGGGGACACUUCCUCCGAGGCGAGGAAGGAGUGACGAGUGAGGAGCCCGCGGUCCGGGGGGGGCCCCCCAGGCCGGCUGCCGCCUCCCGCUCGCGCACUUUCUCCGCGUCCCGGGGAGCAACCGGCGCGCAAGCUGGGACGCACUCGGACCUUCUCCGCGUCCCAGGGAACAUCGCGAGCGCAGGCUGCAGGAGGGACCCCAGGCCGGCGGCGGGUCUGCGACGGCAGUGCGCGCCCUCGGGGACGCGGGAGCCGGAGCGCCAUGGCCUUCCUGUGGCUGGCCUUGUGUCUCACGCCCGCGUGCUGUCUGCUGCACAAGGACGAAGAUCCCGAGCCGCCGAUUAAGAACCUGCGAAUGCAGCCCGAGACGAGAAGGUUGACCUGGGACCUCAGCGGAAACGUGUCUGAGAUCAGCUGUUUCAUCAACUCGAGGCUGAUCACUAAGGCCGUGGACAAGCCUUACUGCCAGUUCCGCGUACUUCCCACGUGUCAGGUGACGAAUUUCACGGUCGCCUCCACCGGAGACCCGCCGUUCUCCGCAGGGAUCCUGUACCCCAGGCCAGAGGGCCACCCUGAGGCGGCCGCGCAGCGUCUGGGCUGCUGGGUGCACGACGUGGACUUCCUGACGUGCAGCUGGGAGGCGGGCCGCGCGGCCCCCGGUGACGUCCAGUAUCGCCUGUACUGGCAGGACCUCAAGACCUACGAGGAGGAGGAGUGUCCCCGGUACGGGGUGGACGAUCGGGGGACCCACAUCCGGUGUCAUUUCGACGACGUGUCCCGGCUCAGGGAACACGUCCAGUUCCUGGUGAAGGGCACCAGCAGGGGCGCGAGGAUCCCCUGCUCCGACCUCACUGUGGAACUGGCAAGAAUCGAGAGAUUAAGUCUGCCCAACAUCACCGGAAUGUGUAAUAAAUCCUAUUCAAUCAUGGAGUGGAAAAUGUCAAGCCACUUUAAUCACAGAUUUACAUACGAACUUGAAAUACAAAAGGGCUCAGAUCCCGCCUACACCGAGAAGGCGCCCGGCAGCUACUUCGUGCUCCCCAAUCCCGGAAACUACGCGGUGAGGCUGAGGGCGCACGCGCGCUUCCGCCAAACCUGGAGCGAGUGGAGCGCCGUCCGGCGCUUUGGACUGGGGUCCUUUCAAGAAGAGAAGUUGAGGACACAGACACGCGCAGAGGGACGGCCAGAGUGCGACCUCGGGAAGGACACGCACUUCCGAGACUGGCUGACCUCCGCUCUGAUCCCGCUGGGCGCGCUGCUGGCCCUGGGGCUGGGGGUCGCGCUGUGCCGAAGGUACUCGGUGCUGCAUAAGCUCUUCCCCCCGAUCCCGCACCUGAAGGACCCCAUCAGUGACAACCUGCACAGCAGCAAGUUGGUGGCCUGGGAGGCCAGCAGAGCAAGCCGGGAGGACUGCCAGGUGGCGGAGGUGCAGGUUCUGGGAGAAACGUGACGCUGGGGCGCAGACCUCGUCUUCGACACAGGCGGGGGCCUGGACGGCCUGCUUGGUGUUGGACCAGGGGACUGGGGGACCAGGGGACCAGGGCACGACUUCACGGAGCUGCCACCAGGAGGGAAGAAAGGCGGUGUGGGGGUCAUUUCCUAAAUAAAGCCCUUUUCCGGCCACCUCCUGGACUCCGCAGUGGGAUCCUGCCCCGUCGCCCGGGUCUCUCUGGCCUCCUGAAAUGGGCCUCGCCCGCACCCCUGCCCCCUCUCAGCGGCCGUGCCUUCUUGUCUGUAAGCCCUCCACACCCCAGGUAACCAGGAAGGACCCACAAGCUCCAUGACCACCCCAGUCAAGGCACAGGGCAUCCGGGCACAAGGGGGUCACUACCGUGUGGCCGGUGCGUGGGGGAGACGCAGGCAUGGAGGGCGUGGCCACGCACGCCGAGAUGCGCGCAGGACGGCGUCAGGGGGACCCUCGGGAGCACCACCCCUGACCCCAUAGCCAAAGCACGGUUGCCCUGAGGCCACGGGCACAGGCGGCUAUUUGGCAACCUGUCAAUUAAACAUAAAAAGGCCUCGCGGCCAAGAGGGAGGGUUGAUCUCAGCCAGAGCGAAGACGCAGUUCUCGAACACGGAUCCAGACGGGAGCCCGCACCCAAGACCCGAGUCCUCCCGGCCAGAGCACCACCGGUCAAGUAGGUCAGGAGCGCGAGGUCCCCAAGGAGGCCUCGCAGAUCCCGGCCUCUUUUUAACUUGCCUCGUGACCCAAAUUCCCUCGUGUCUAACGGGACCCGUAAUGGCGGCACAAAGAACGGUUUGCAUUUACCAACGUCUUCAAAUUGAGGAGCCCCGCCUCCCACGGCCAGGACCCCACAGCCCAGGAGCGGUGCUUCACACUGGGUCGGCCUGCGAACCCCGGGUGGCCCUCGUGACAGGCGGACGCAACGCCAGGACCGAACAUUCAGCCUGCAGGGCGUCUCUCCCCCACACUGACCGGUGCAUUCGGGCAACGGGUGCACAGGACCUGCCCCCGAGGUCUGGUGCCCAGACCUGUGGAUCCCCACCACACGUUAGCCAGGGCUAACGUGGCCCAUGGGACGCGGUUCCUGGAGGCCCUUUCUGGGCUGGGGUUUUCUUAGCACAAGUUGCUACAGCACAGCACUUGAGGGGGAGCGAGGAGGGGGGGGGGGAUACUUUGUUUUCAACCCCUCCCCCUGCCUGGGUUGCCUGAGGAAGCCCCCCCCCCUCCCGGUACACUCGGCUGAAAACAAACCACCAGUCUCUCUCUCUGUCCCGUCUUUUAUGGUUUUGCAGAAUGCCCGACAUGAAACAUAAUUGCAAAUAUUCGGCUGUGCAAAAGAGAAUAGUGCUUAAGUACAAAUGGAGACAUGAUUCUUUUUUAAAUAAAUACUUAAA